GGAAAUACCAAAACCGAAAUAAAAUAAUUAAAAAACCAAGAAAAAAAGGAAUUGGGUAAGAAAUCACCUAAUCAAAAUAAUUCCUUUGACCCAGAGACCAGGUCGUGUUUUUGUGUUCCCUGCAGAACACCUUCGACGAUUUGGCACUUGGGACAUUUCAACAUUUUCAAUCUUUGGUCAUUUGUUGCAUGCGUGAUAUACUCUAUCGCUGUCGUUGAUAUUACUAUUACUAGUGUUACUGUGUACAUGGCUCUUGUAGUCGUUGGUUAGAACAGUGCGGAAAAGGUUUUGCGUGACAUUCUCCUCCUGUCGCGUUGUCGUCGCUCUCGCUCUCGGGGUGUGCCUGUGUGUGUGUUUGUGACUGCGUGGAUAUCUUUUUGGCACUCGCACUCGUUCUUGUGUGCUCGUGUGCAAAGCUCGACGGAAUCUCGAGUCUGUCAACCACACGCAGUCCCCUCGUCGCUAUGGAGCAACAACAACGACAACAAAACCUCGCGGCUUCACAAGGAUAUGACUCCCAGUCAGAGACAUCCCCGCCCCCUCUCACAACUCCAAACGGUCCGCCAAUGGAGUCUCCAGCUUCUCCCUCUCCGUCGGCUCACGGUAGUGGUCACCACAACCACCACAGCUACAACAAUUUCGCCAACGAAAUGCAGCAGCAGCAUGCUCAGCAACAACAACAACUGCAACAACAGCAACAGGAUCAGCAACAGAACCACCAACAGCAGCUACUGCAUCACAAUCAGCCAAAGAGAACACGCGCGUCAAAGGCUUGCGAUACAUGUAGAAAAAAGCGAACAAAGUGCUCUGGAGAGUACCCUUGUUCCGGCUGCAGGGCAUUUGGGUUUGUUUGCCACUACAGUGACACUACCAAAAAGAGAGGUCCCAUCAGAAAGAAUACCAUAAAAACCCUGGAGAAUAGACUCAAAAUGAUGGAAUCACUGCUCGCAGCAGGCAUACCUCCAGGGAGUCAAGGCGACCCAUCCACCGACCCAACGACCUCGGCAGACGGUUCAGAUAUACAAGGUGCCUCUUCAACACGGCCCUGGGAGGGCGCGUCAGCCGAAGCAUCCGAAACCGCUGAAGAACCGCCAUGGAGGAGACCUCGACUGAUACCCAGUGGAAAUUUAUUGUGCAUGGACCUCAGUGGGAGUUUUCUAAUGUAUUAUGGGCGAUCUGCAACAUACUUGAAUCAAUCUCCGCGAUAUAGGGACGGUCUGAUCACCCUCCCAUUCAAUAUACCCUCCCAAGCUAACACGCCCUCGUCACCCUACCAACCUACUGCCCUCAGUAAGCACCUUCCCUUUUCCUAUGACCAAAUUAUGCGUCUGUCGACAACCUACUUUCAACUCGUACACCCCUUUCUUCCCAUCAUUGACCGCGCCAGCUACUUUCGGACUCUGGCCGAGGGACCGGACUCGCUCCCAUUUCGUGCCCUCUUGUACGCAGUCCUUGUGGUCGUAGUACACCACAUGCCAAACUCAGAACGCUGUGGACUGUCUGCAAACGAUGUAGAAGAAUUGACAGACAGAGCACGAGAAGUUACGUUAGAGUACGAAGCGCCGCAUGUGUGGAUCACACAGGCGUACCUUGUCUUGUCACUUUGCGGAUCGGGAAAGGGAAAUGCGUUCAUCAAUCGGUGGCGGUUGACUGGGGCGGGUGUCCGUGCCGCUCAGGAAUUGGGCUUGCAUCGGAAUUUGCAAGAUAUUCGGCGUCCCAUUCGAUUAAAUGAUCCCACAGCGACCGAAGAAACGCGACGAAGAACCUGGUUUGGAGCGUACAUUCUCGAGAGAUAUGCUAGUAUGGCUACCGGAAGGCCCAUGAUGGUGGCGGAUGACGACUGGGACACUCCGUGGCCACAAGGAUUUUCCGAAGUGGAAGAAGAGCGUGCAGACGCAGAGUACCUCCGGCACCACACAUCCCUCAUGGAAAUCGCUGGCCUCGUCAUGAAACGCGCCAAUUCGGCGCGAGCUACCUGGAAAAAGGGCCGCGUUAAUCGAGCCGAAGGCGGUAAAGAACUUGUUGAAGAAAUUCAAACCCGUCUCGAAUUGUGGAGAGAGGGUCUACCCCCUCUACUCCGAUUACCCAAAAACGGCGCUGGAGCUGGUGGAGGCACCACAGGACGCAAAUUCACCCGGCGCGAAUCCCUUCAUGUGACAUGGCACCUCAUUGUCCUCUCGUCGCGCCGAGCUCUCUUGGGCCGCUACGACGCCGAGUCCCGUCGCUCGAGCGCCGCCCUCGUUGAAAUUCUGGAAACCCUCGCGUCAACCGGCGAGGAGCUCGACUCGACUUGUUCAUCCUCUCCCAUCACACCACCUAUAUCCAGUACGACCGACGGCCGAUCUCUCUCUAUUGGCGGCGUCUCCUUUCUCUUUGUCAAUAUCCCCACAGCAUUCACGACAGCCUGGGAUGCACUCCUAUCCGACGUCAUGACCGGCGACAUGGUCGCUCACGAACGCAUGGAACGCAUGCACGGCCUCUUGGAACACCUUGCCGUUAGACACCCCAUCAUGAAAGGCUUUAUCGGCGUCAUGGCGGAAACCCUCGAAGCCCGCGGCAUACAAUCCCGUCUCCGUCCCUGGGCUGUGGAAAAGCGCCGACAGUGGGCGCAAGAUGUUGAUGACGUGAAACGACCAGACCCUGUUCCUUUACCCAUCUCUUCUUCCAUACCAGGCCCCCCGCUGUCUACCGCACCCCUUCGCAUCACCACUGCCCGUCCACCACCAGUCAACUAUAUCCAGAUGAUGCCCCCAUCUGUACCACACAUUCCAGUCAUGUACAAUAACCAACCUCUCCUUAAUCCUCCAUAUAAUGUGCCACCACCGAACCUUACUCAACAAACCGUGCAUGGAUUACAUCAUGCACCCCCACCUCAGCAACAACUACAUCAACAUCAGCAACAUCAGCAACAACAACAGCAACAACAACAACAACAACAACAACAUCAACAACAACAACAUGGGCCUGCACCAUCACAUGAGGACCAGUUCUUGCAAGCUAUGUUUGGGGAUUUGAGUGAGACGAUGAUUUGGGAUUUGGUUGGGUUUGUCUAG